UCUUGUCUCCAAGAUCAAUUCGGGCUGUUCGGGCCCGUUGGUCAUUCCUAACCUAAUACUGUAAAUUUACUGUAGCGAGCAUCUUAUCAAAUAUUACUUCCGGAAAUUAUUAGAGAUGCGAUGUACGAAGCUUUUAUUAGCGGUUACCGUUUAGCUGAUGUGUCACAUGGCAAACCCUAUUAUGUUUACUGUAUCGAGAUUCUGGAGUCAAAGACUGGCACUCGAUAUUUUAUCGAGAGAAGAUACAGCGAAUUUAGUGCAUUACAUCGUAAGCUGAAGAAGGAUAAUUCAGAUAUUGCACCGUUUCCACCAAAAAGAGUAAGAAACUCGCAACCGAAAGUAUUGGAACAGCGACGAGCUGCUUUGGAAUUGUAUAUACAAAAAAUGCUAAGUCUAUUAGCAACAAAACAACAAGUUCUCAAUUUUCUAGGUAUAGAAAGCCAAGAAACUGCGUUCCAGCAAAGGAUACAUAAAGCUGCAGAUAGUUCAACGCAUAACCAACCAAACAUGUUGGGACAUCAUCCGGUCUUGACUUUUCACUGUGAUCCAUAUGUUCCAGCUGACUCAACCAGCAGUCUCACAGAUAUUGUAACUAAUGGUGUUUUACUAGGUAUAUAUAAAUCUUGAUAUUAUGAGUGAUUUUAAAGGUUGAAACAAGUAUAAGAUGUACUUUUUAUAAGUGGAUAAGUUUAUUUUUUUUGCACUUUUUAAAAUAAUAUACUGAGAUAAUUUUUGAUGUAUAUAUCAAAGUGAAGAAAAUGAUAAAUUUAAUAUUUUUAUUUUAUAUAGAAUCUCAUGUAUAUAAUAUAUAGCAUAUAUGUGUUAUGUCUAAAAUUCAAAGCAUAUUUGACAAAUGAGCAAGCAAGAGAAAAUGCCACUGCAUAUGAUUUAUAUAGCUCAGUGAUUUGGAUUGACGCUAGGAUUUAGUAGCAAUUUAUAAUUUAACUUUUAUAUUAAUGUCCAUUGCUUUUUUCCUUUUAACAACAUAUAUCUCGAUGUGUAUAACUUUAUUCUUUACUUUCGCUUUUUAAACGUAACAUUUAAAUGUGACUGACGAAAUUGUAUGUAAAAUUUGUUUGUAGACAGGUACAUACUCAAAGUUUAAUUAUAUUUAUUUUAUAGAUUUGAUUUUAUAUACUAUAUAGUUGAUAAAAAAAUAUCUGAUUUUCCAAUAUGACAAAUAUGUAACAUUAUGUGUAAGAAAUGUUAUAAGAGAAAUAAAAUUAAUAAUGCUAAAUUAUUAA